AAAUUGGUCUCCCUAGCAUUUUUCAUUGGUAAAUUGGUGAGUCUUCUUACCGACACUGGUGGUAACACCAAGGACGAUUUGAGGCUUCCCACCGAUGAAAACUUGCUCAGCCAGGUGAGGCCAAAAGAGACUGUUCUGAUAAUGUCUCAAGUGUUCACUUGCCCUGAUGGGUUUGCAGAGUGUAAGGACCUCGUUGUGACAGUUAUGGCAUCCAUGGGAGAAGAACAGAUUUGUGCUCUCAAGGACAUUGGCCCGAAUACUUAAGUUUCGAUUUCAUGCCUCUUCUCUACUUGCUCUACUUCAGUAACAUCUGCCCUCCAUUUUAGCAGUAGCUGCAGUCUGCAAGUCAUGUAAUUGGAAGGCGAGGACAUCAUGAGCCCGCACGAUCUUGGGCUUCUGACACAAUUAGAGUAUGCCUAAUGUUGUGUUUGUUUCUUUAUAAGACUAAUUGAUUUAUUAA